GUGGCGAGCCACCAACACCAUCGCACGUCUCAAUCCGCACCCGGCUGCCGACCAUACCGCCUUUCCUUUUUCCCCUACCGCAAUGCAGCUAUGUGUCGUUUCCGCUUUAUUUUUUAUGACCGAGCGCUGCAGCGGUGAGACAUAGCGCUCUCUCUCUAAUGUUGACUUGAGAUAUCGCUAUCCUUGUCGCUCGCGGUGCGGAGUGAGGGGGCCGCGGCAUGUCGGCGGCUGGUGGGGUCCGGUCUCUCAGAGUUGACUCGACCGCCGCCACAGUCGCACGUGUUUCUCCUUUUCCCGCGUACCGGUGGCAUAGAGUAUACAUUGCCAGAAGCGUUUCGUGACCGCACUGUGAAGUUAACAAGUGAUCGUAAAAGUUAUCUCCCAAAUGGUGGUGCUUGAAGACGGUGGAAUGAUGACUACUAAUCCUAACCAAUAUCUACAACCUGAUUAUUUGACUCCUCUUCCUUCCUCUUUGGAUUCGAAGAAAAGCCCCCUUGCGCUCUUAGCGCAAACUUGCAGCCAGAUCGGUGUUGACUCAGCGCCAAGCAAGCCGCUGCUGCCGCCGCUAGACAAGAAGAAAGUGAAUAGUGUUAACAGUGAUACAAUGAGUCGUUCGUCUCCUACUAAUACCGUGAUCAAACCGGACAAACCGCGUUCAUCCCCGGAACACAACAAACAUCUGGCGUUCAAGCCUUAUGAAACCAAUGUUGUAACCAAGAAACCUGAAGACAGGCCUUCAUCCAAGGCCAGUUCCGACAGCUCCGAUGACAAGAAAUCCGGAAAAAGUACUCCUGGACGUAAAUCCACGCCGCCGACGGCUGAGACCGGCAAGAGCAGCCCUGCAAACGAAUCCAAAUCUUCACCUGCAGGUUCCUCUGGAACUAGUCCAAUUAUUCGCUCCGGACUCGAAGUUUUAGGACAUGGCAAAGAUCACCUUGGAGCUUUCAAGAAUAUUCCCGGAUUGUCUGGAUUUAAUCCACUCGCUGGACUUUGCUGCCCGCCGGGAAUGGAACAGCAUGCUAACCCGGCAUUCAGACCUCCGUAUGCGGGUGCUCCGUUCAGUGCACACCACGCUGCAAUGCUUGCGGCUGCCGCUGCUUUCCCUGGAUCAUCUCCAAACCCAUACCUAGGGUAUGCGAGAGUGAAAACACCCGCCGGAGGUGAAACCCUGGUGCCAGUGUGCAAGGACCCCUACUGCACUGGAUGCCAAUUCUCCGUAAAUAACCAUCAUCUGUUAAUGAGCAAUGGAUCAUGUCCCGCUGGUUGCACACAAUGCGAACACCAAAAGUACAACCUCGCGAUGGCUAUGGCCCUCUCCCAGCAAGGGGCCGCAGCCGGCGGCAUGCCAUACGCGCAGCUAAGUCGCCCCUAUGUUUGCAACUGGAUUGUGGGUGAAUCUUACUGUGGCAAGAGGUUUGGCAACUCGGAAGAACUCCUGCAGCACUUGAGAAGCCACACGACAGAUGGCUCCACACCUGCAUCUGUCGCAUCAACGCAAGCUUCCCUACUGAACCCGCUGAACCCAUUGUUUACGACGGCGGGUUUGCGUAGCGCGUACCCGACGGCACCGCUCAGCCCUCUGUCUGCGAGCCGGUACCACCCAUACUCUAAGGCUGGUCUCCCGGCGAGCCUCGGAGGUUCACCAUACGGCGCCUUCAACCCAGCACUGGGUCCGUUCUACUCGCCCUACGCGAUGUACGGCCAGCGGCUGGGCGCCGCCGCCGUCCACCAAUAAACCAAGUGAAGUGCAAACCUGGACUGACCGUCUAUGUUGUAUUGUCCAAUUUUCUUCUGUGAUAUCGAUAGACUAUUCAUGUUGUAAGGCGCAUUCCGCCAUGACAAAUUUAGUGAUUAGUGCAAUUUAAGUAUAGUAAUUUAUAAUAAGUGGACGCGCUCUUGAGCGCCAAGUGUCGUUAUAACGGACUGUACAGCCAAAUGUUUUGUGUAAAUAAUCUCUAUGUUUAAUAUUAAAUGAAUUAUUUCAAAUAUAAUAUCUACCUACCAAUCAUAAAA